CGCCUUCCUCAGCGCCAACGGCACCGCCUGGCCCCCGGCCCCGGCCGGGACGGCCCCGGUGUCCCGUGGGCGAGGUCCGGCUGCCAGCGGCUGUCCCGUGCGGGGCCGGGGGCAGAGCCCGCCAUGUGCAGCGCCGGGCACCGACCGCGUGGGCACGGGGCCGGCCGGGACCUCGCCGGUGGCUGGAGCCGUGCCAGGGGUGGGUGCGUCCCCGCUCCCACGGCCCGGCCAAAGUCACCCGGGUUUUUAUACGUGGAGGUGUGGGAACGGGGGCCGGGCGGAUUCACCCCCUGCUGCUCUUCCAGGAAGGAAGUUUGGGGUUUGGUGGAAUUUUCCGUGGGGAAACCCGCUGGGGCAGAGCCAGUCCUCGCCGUGCCGAGCCCGGGCGCAGCCGAACUCCCGUGCGGCACCGGGCAGCAGCGGCAGAGACCCCGCGGCCGAGGCCAUGGACCCCAAGGACCGCAAGAAGAUCCAGUUCUCGGUGCCGGCGCCCCCCAGCCAGCUGGACCCCCGCGCCGUGGAGAUGAUCCGCCGGCGCAGGCCCACGCCUGCCAUGCUCUUCCAGCUCUCCGAGCACUCGUCCCCAGAGGACGAGUCCCUGCCCUACCAGCGAGCCUCCGGCGAGGGCUGCCUGCUGAAACCAAAGAGGAACAACCCGUGUGCCUACACGCCGCCCUCGCUCAAAGCGAUGCAGCGCAUCGUGCAGUCCCACCUGGAGAGCGGCCUGGCCGGGGGGGACAGCUCGGACGGAGAGGCCGACGACGGGGACCACGAGCUGGCCCGCGCCUGCGACCCCGACAGCGCCCUCGAGCCUGCCCUGGGGAGCCAGGUCCGAGCCGAGCGCAGCAUCUUCCCUGCCACCAAGGCGCACAAGAGGAAAGGGGGCCAGAAGGUGUCCUUCGCCGGCGGCAUCGACGAGCGCGGGGAGGACCUGAAGGCGCUCAGCGUGUCCGACAUCCCCGAGGACCCCGAGGGGGCCGAGGAGGGUGACGAGGAGGAGCCGGAGGACGGCAGCGACGCCAGCAAGGAGCGGCGACACGUGGGCUUCGCCGAGGCCCCCCCGCGCCCCGCCGGCACCGAGCGCCCCUCGCCCACCUUCCCGCCGGGCACCAGCUAGCCGCGCAGCCCACCGCCCCCCCCCACGGGCCGCCGAUGACCCCCCCCCCCGGGGGGGUCAAGCCGCCCUCGCUUCGCUCCGCAAGCCCCCCCCCGGAGCACCACCCCCCCCCCCCCGGCCUGGCCGCCCGUCGUUGCCUGCGCUUCGCCUGCGCCGUGCCCCCCCCACCCCCC